CAACUUUCAUCAUAAAUGUUUCAUGUGACAUUGUCUGAAUAAUUUUAAUCGCGGGAUAUACAAAAAUUUAAAUAUUGUUUUAUUUAUUUUGAAAUAAUUGUUGAAUAAUCUUGAAGAAUGGCGGAAGAAGAGAAGAAAAAGGAGGACGAGUCGAAAAAAGUUGUACAUACUUAUCCCCUUGUUAGACAUUCUGAUAUGCCCGAAGAACAACGAAUCGAAUCAGUCGAGUUGGUAGUAACGGCAUGUGAAAAGCAUUCUGCUAAUAACGAGGCGGCUGCAAGAAUGAUAAAAGAAGAAAUGGAUAAAAAACUUGGUCCUCCAUUUCACGUUGUUGUUGGUGAGGGAUUCGGUUUCGAAAUAUCGUACGAAUGCUCGAAUUUGCUUUACAUGUUUUUUGCUGGAAAUUUAGCCAUAGUUAUAUGGAAAUGUUGAAGUAUUUUUUUAUCUAAAAAGAUCCUGUAAUACAUAUUUGGAGCAAAUGAAUAUUUUCAA